UUCAUAUUCAGUAACCCGGUCAUCAACGCGUCACGGUGGGGCGCCCCAUCAGUGGUCGUACAACUUCGCGCCAACUUGUGUGCUGCCGAACUGAAAGUCCUCACUGUCAACGCCAUCGAAGUCGUGCGUGUCGGUUUCGCACGGAGCAAACACGAGGCUCAUCAGGAUCUGCACGCUGCCCACCGAAAACUCGCGCCGGCAUUCUGGAGCAAGCCCUGGCUCCCAAGCCGCGGCAACACUACGUCAGCCUCGGCUGGGGGGCUUUGCCGUUCGGGAUGACGGCAGGAUCCCCACUGGGGGCAGUUUCAGAUGUUUUGGCGAAAAACUAUGUUUCCACCAUGUUCUUCGGCAAAACGACCGGAAAUGCCCCAAGUGGGAGCCGAGCGCUGACGUCCACAACUGGGACUCCAGGCAUAUAUACGCAGCCGGGUCUAACGAUAUCUUUACCAUUCUCUUCCCUCUCAUUUCUCUAGCCAGCAUGUCAGGCAAAUCCGCACUCGUCCUCGGCGCGACCGGCGCGACCGGCAAGCACCUCCUGCGGCACGUCCUCGCGUCGCCCGAGUUCACGCGCGUCGGCGAGUACGGGCGCCGCGUCACGCCCGCCGAGACUAUCGAGAUGUAUGCGGGGAAGGAGAAGCUUGAGCAGCGCACGAUGGAUUUUGAGAGGCUCAGCGAGAGCGGGUUGAAUGAAGGGCGGUGGGAUGUUGUGUACAUUGUUAUGGGUACGAAUCGCGCAACAGCUGGCAGCGCCGAGGCGUUUACAAAGAUCGACCGGGAAUACGUCGUGAGAGCAGCCAAAGAGGCAAGGACAGACGACCCCACACACGAGCAGCGCCUCGUUUAUCUCUCGUCCGCAGGGGCGAACGCGUCUUCUCAUUUCCUCUACGCCAAGAGCAAAGGCCUCACCGAGCUCGAGCUCGCCGCACUUGGCUACAAGGAAACCAUCGUCUUCCGUCCUGCGUUUCUGAAAGGUGCUGAGCGCCCCGAGCGUCGUGUUGCCGAGAGCGUUUUCGGCUACAUCAGCGGUGCCCUGUCGACCGUGUCGUCCAGCAUGGAGAUUCCGAUCCAGCUAUGCGCCAAGAGCAUCUGCAACGCGGGACGCUUGGGUGUCGCGGGAUUGCCGACCUCUGCCCAGGCUGAGAGGGCGGGAAAAGAAGGAGCCUGGUUCACGCUGAUUAACAAUUCCGGGGCUAACAAACUUGGCAAGGCAGAUGUGUAG